AUGUUCAUAAUUUUCGGCAAUGUCCAGUUCAUACCUGGUAGAUACGGCGAGUGGCAAACUGCCUACGACAAACUGGCCGAGUAUGUUGCCGUUAGAGAGCGAACCUCGACAUUAACCUACUACUUUGGGAUCCCAUUCGAAUUCAAGACGAAUUUUGAAGGUAUACCACACAUGCUGGCAUUCGAGGCCUAUAACACGCGCGAGGAUCUGUACGACACUCAUUUGAACUCUACCGCGAUGCAAGAAUUCCUUGCUGCCGUUCCCAGCACCAUGUCAACCGGGCUAGACCUCACGCACUACACCGAGACAGCGGGGUUCCUAGAUAAGCCGGGAAACUGCCAGGGGUGUGAGAUUAUCUACGACACCCGGAUUGAAUGCCAUGCACAGCAGGAUCGAAGUACUAUUUUAGAUAAGCUCGCCGUUAUCGCGGAGCACAUCGAGGAACACGAAGACGGCACAAGUACGUUCCUUGUGCUCAAGAGCCUGGAUAGUGAGACCCAGAUGAGGAUUUUUGAGCGGUAUGCUAGUUGGGACGCAAUGCUUGCACAUCAGAAGGGGGACAAACUGGUGGAUUUGUGGCUGGGUUCAAAGGCAGGAAUCAAGAGUAUGGAGGGAAGAGCGUAUGUCCCGAAUGGUAAAGGCUGGCUGCACCAUUAG